AAUAUAGUUCAUGUUUUACUGGUCAUAAAGUUGGUCGUGUGCUCCGCAUAGAUUUUGAGUAACGUAUUUUCGUGAAUUUUGGAUCGUUAUCAUGUCUUCAGGAAAGAAGGGUAAGAAGAAGAAGGGUGUGACUGUCAAUUUGUGGUCGUUUUUGGCUGACGGAAAUGGGCCGACUCCUAAUAUACCCAUGAAAUCUUCAAAUUGGGUUGAUGAGGUGGAGGAUGAGCAUGAAGGAUAUUCAUCAAGGAGCAGCAAAGAUCCAGAUUUACCAACAGCUCCGCGAGCUGCACGAGGACCUGGAAUUGAUGAGGAAAAUAUUCCUACAAGUCCUCCAUAUGUAGCCUAUAUAAGCAAUCUGCCCUAUGAUGUAGAUGAAAGUGAUUUAACUGACUUUUUUGCAGAUAUGAAGGUUUCUAAUAUGCGUUUGCCGAAAGACGCAAAUAAAAUUAGGGGUUAUGGAUAUGUCGAAUUUUCAGAUCGCCAAAGUCUAAUUGAUGCUCUUUCUAUGACAAAUACAGUAAUAAAGACGAGACGAGUAAGAAUCGAAGUUUCAAACAGCAGUAAUGAUGAUCGUCGAGGCAGUAGGAUGGGCAGAGACAAUCGUAGGGAUAAUUACGAUGAUCCAGAACGUACAUCUGGAGAUUGGAGAAGUGGGCCGCGUGAAGAUUUGUUGGAUGAGGAUUCUUAUCGCAGCCGAUACGAUAAAGAUCGAUAUGAUAGUAGAGAUCGGCGAGACGAUAGAGACAGAUAUGAUGACAACAAACCUGGUGCAUGGCGUGAAAGAGAUAACAAUGAUAAAGGAUUUAAAGAAAGAAGUGGGUUUAGAGAUGAUAGCAGAGAUAGAGACUGGAAUCGUUUUGGCGAUAGAGGGAGGAGCAAAGAUCGGGAUGGGGACAGGAGUAGCAGUUUUGGACCGCGUCGCAAUUAUGGUGACUCCGAUUGGGAUCGCCGACAAGAGCGAGAUGCGAAACCUGAGCCGCGCCAAAGACCAAAAUUGCAACUGCAACCUCGCACGAAACCCGUGGAACCUAUUGUAAUUGCGGAAGAUUCAACUAAAGAAGGUUCGGUAGAAUCGAAAUCAACAACGGGAUCGGAAUUAAUUCAACGAGCUCCAGCUCCCACGCCCGUGCCGGCAGUCAACAUUUUUGGUGCUGCGAAACCUGUAGAUACUACUGCCCGCGAACGAGAAAUAGAAGAGCGUCUUGCUAAGUCUUACGCCGAGUCACGAUCCCGAGAAGAAGUGGACAGCAAGGAACGUAAAGAUCGACGUAAUGGCGAAGGACGCGACGAUAGGGAGAGAGGCAGACCAACUUGGCGAUCAGAAGAAGAUAGAGCUAUUCGGCACGAGAAAUCCGCACCGCGAUCUCAACUUGCUUCAGCGCGUUCUGAAGAGCAGAAUGAGUCCAAAGCAACUUCGCGUCCUGAGCCGUCAACAUUUAAAGUAUUUCACAAAUCUAAUGAGAAAGAUACUCGUGUAACUUUGGAAAGAGAUCAUAAAGACAAAGAGAAAGAUGAACUUAGCAGAAUGCCAAAGGCAAAGGAUGAACAAGCUCCAAAUUUUGUAGCUUCCAACAAAUAUUCCAUGCUACCUGAUGAUGUGGAUCCCGAUAAUAUUGAUGAAUAGUCCUAAUCGAUUUUCAAUUUGCAUCAUCGACUAAAUUGUGCCACAUGCAACAUUUGCGAUUAUGCAUUUUAUUAAUAAUUUGUUUUAUCUGUAUUAAAUAUUGUAUGGAUUCAUUAUACACCAGGCAUUAUGCUUUUGGCAUUACUUUAUUGGAA